GGAAGGAAGGAGUGGAGAGUUUGACGGUGGCGGAGGGGAGCGGCGAAGCCUCGGAAGGGGGUGGGGCGCCAUCGGAGGCGGAGUAGAAGCUCUAGGUUCUCCACUGAGCCUGUCGUGUCCUUCCAGCCAUCCAUCCAUCCAUCCAUCCAUCUAUCCAUCUAUCUAUCUAUCUGACCGUCCCGGCCUGUGACGGUGCUCUCCGGCUUGGCAGGGGAUCAGCAGCUUUUAGUUAAGAGAGGGAACCACCGGCUGGAAGGGCGGCGGGGAAUGGAAGCCGAGGACCUAAGCAGACUCCGAGCUCUUUGAGGGCAGGGAGGAGUUUUGCGUUUCUUUGUGUCUCCAGCUCUUAGCGCAGUGCCCGAUACUCUUUUGAGCAAAUUCAAGCAUUUUACCAGUUUCCAUACCAUCCGAUGAUGGCUGCAGCUCCCAACAUGGAAUUUAUGAAUGAACAACUAGCUCUACCAGAAAUUCCAGUCCCAGCCUUUGACCCGGAACCUAUUCAAGAAGAAAAGGGGAGAAAAAGAAGAACCAGAUCGUCAGAGCCAAAACAGCUGGAGCCAAAAAAGCCAGAGCCGAAAAAACGCACUGGAUCCCCCAGAGCAGCCAAAUCAAGGGGGAAACAAGAAAAAAUUACAGAUACUUUCAAAGUGAAAAGGAAAGUGGAUCGUUUUAAUGGGGUCUCAGAAGCUGAGCUUCUGACUAAGACCCUGCCCGAUAUUUUGGCCUUCAACCUGGACAUUGUCAUUAUUGGCAUAAACCCAGGACUCAUGGCAGCUUACAAAGGGCAUCAUUACCCGGGACCUGGAAACCAUUUUUGGAAGUGUCUCUUUAUGUCUGGACUGAGUGAGGUCCAGCUAAAUCAUAUGGAUGACCAUACUUUACCAGGAAAGUACGGCAUCGGCUUUACAAAUAUGGUUGAAAGGACCACCCCAGGCAGCAAGGAUCUUUCAAGUAAAGAGUUUCGAGAAGGAGGACGCAUUUUGGUGCAGAAGUUACAGAAAUACCAACCUCGAAUAGCGGUUUUCAAUGGAAAAUGUAUUUACGAAAUUUUUAGCAAAGAAGUUUUUGGAGUAAAAGUUAAGAAGUUGGAAUUUGGACUUCAGCCUCAUAAGGUCCCAGACACAGAAACUCUCUGCUACGUCAUGCCGUCAUCCAGUGCAAGGUGUGCUCAGUUCCCACGGGCACAAGAUAAAGUUCAUUAUUAUAUCAAGCUGAGAGACUUGAGAGACCAGUUGAAAGGCACCGUACCUAACUCAGACGUUCAGGAGGUGCAGUACACAUUCAAUUUGCAGCUUGCCCAAGAGGAUGCAAAGAAGAUGGCUGUUAAGGAAGAAAAGUAUGAUCCAGGCUACGAGGCAGCUUAUGGAGGCGCUUACUGUGAAAGGGCGUGUGAUGUUGAGCAGCCGUGUCCCUUCGCUUUGGAUGGGACAGGAACAAGUAACGCAGUCCUAAGUGGAGAACCAACUUUUGGGGACAUAGCAAGCGAUGAGUGGAUGACGCAGUCAUUCACAGACCAGAUUCUGCCUUCCUUCAGUCCCUUUGGGAUCCUCGAACAAGAAGGUGGCUGCAUGUGAGGAUGGCCCUUCGAAGCUCUUCCUGCACACUGCAGUUUUAAUGCAGCUGUCUAGAAAGGUGCCUCAGUUCACCAACUGAAGCAUUUUAAUAGAACUUCACUCAUCUCAUUUUCUGGUAACCCAUUUGUGUGGUAGAAUUAACUUUGUGAACUAGAUAGUUUGAAAGCAAAUGUAGAUCCUUUUGUAUGUGAGUUUUUAUAUUUAAUGUGUGCCAUUGUUUACAGUUUUUGACAAACUGUAGUCUUAUUUUUGAAGAAAUUAUUUCUUUUGGGCGUUGCUUGUAGUCUGUAUUUUUUUUUAAACAGCCUGUAUAUUUAUACUCCUUUCUUAAAUCUACAUAUGGCGAGAAAUUCCAGAGUCCUUUUAUGCCUGAAAAGCACAUUCUGUGCAUGAUUGUCACGGGUAUAGACACACAAAUGUGUCACAGUUCUCAUGUGGACAUGAGGCUACUCACCUGAUGUCCAUGAGCAUGUGCUCUGGGACUUGGGGAUUUUCCAGUUGUGCUGAUGGAGGAAUCCUAAAUCAUUUCUUUCCCCAAAGUGGCCCCUUUUCCAUGUGGCCAGCCGUUGGCAUUUCUUGGUAAGGAAGCCACCUGGAUCCAGGCCACAGGUCGGAGCCAGCCACCUUCCCUUCACAGCAGACCAGCAGCUGGCCACCGCCCAGGAGCCAGCACGCACACAAGUCAGCUCUGGGGAACGCAGGCAGGCCUUGGAAAAUCGCAUUUUCAAUGGUUCAUUUGUCACUUGGCAGAUUGUUACUUGUGAGGAAGAGCAAAGGUAUGUAGUUGGGAGGCAAUGACCUUUCUGUCUGGUGCCUGCCUCUGCUCUCCGUGUGGUGAGUAACGGAGCGAGGUGUUGUUCAUAUAGGUGCUUUUCAUACUUGAAACAUGCAUCAAAUGUGUUGUCUAAUAGAAUGUGACUUCCCCUGCUGGUCCUAUCUGAUAAACUAGUCGUUUUCAUUCCCUUUCUCCACCAUAACUCAUCUCUUUGGCAAGAAUGUCCUUUGGUUAGGGUCCAUGAAAAGGUAUUUUGAUUCUGUAUCUUGUGAUUUUCUGGCAUACAGUCUCCACGGUGCUACCAGUGACCCAUAAUCACUUCAUCUUGUGGGUGUUAGACCCAUUCAUCAGUGCCAUUUUUAUUAAAUUCUGACCUGGUCAGAAUGCCAAAAUCAUGGAAAAUCAGAGCUGGAAGGGACCCUUAGAGACGUCUGCUAGUUCAGCUCCCUAAUUCUGUUAGUGGGGAAACCAAGGCCCCCUGAGGGUAAGUGUUAAUGGCAAAGUAGGACAAGAACCCAGAUGUCCUGACCACCCCGUGCCCCCCCCCCCAGUGCUCUUACACAUCGUGCUUUUAUAUUCAGAUAGUAUGUGGCUUUUAAAAUAUGAAAUAUUUAUGAUGAUUUAUAGUUGUUGUUUCAGGGAGUCAUGUGGCUUAACCCUAUUUGUAAUAGCUGUUUAAAAAUCUAUAUUGUGAAUCCAAUCCUGCUUUGGUUUUUAUGCUGUCGGCUGUGGUGGACACUUUCUCCUUUUUUCCCUUCAGUUAGGUCAAAUUGUGUGAAAACUCUUUGUUCUCUGUUAUUUAAGAUGAUGUACUGUAUUACGGUUUACAUGGACAUUCUCCUGCAGGUGCUCACAAGUGCCUUGCAUCAGGGAUUAGUAGGAAUCGAUUAUAUUUUCACAAGAACGAUGUAAAGCAUGUGAUUAGAUACCACUCUAGUAUGUAACUAUUGUAGCUUUACAAUAGUCUUGUUGUAAUUUAAAGGGGAGGGAAAUGCCAUCUUUGGAUUUUGUCACACACCUGCUAUAGACGUGAGUAUUGGAAAUAUCUAAUCAUGUGAUAUGGCAUUUUCAUGAAAAAAAGGAAGUCAGUUGUGGCUGUUAAAUUGUCUUACCUAAGAUGGUCUGGAGCUUUUUCAUUAAAUGGUAUUGGAAAAGAUUUUAAAUGAUUUUGAAAGUAUGCCAAUUUUGACAAUAAACACAGAGGAAUUCUGUCUCUUUGGUGUC